AUGCCAAAGCUCAUCGCUGUCACCGGUGCCACUGGGAACCAAGGCGGCUCCGUAGCCAGGCUUCUCCUAAAGUACCCCGAACAGUACAAAGUGCGCGCCCUCACACGCGACCCAUCAUCUUCCGCGGCAACGGCCCUCGCCGCCCUAGGCGCGGAGGUCGUACAGGCCGACCUCGUUCUACCAGAGACCAUCCGGCCAGCGCUCGAGGGAUGCUGGGGCGUGUUCGGCGUGACAAAUUUCUACGAUCCGAAAAUCAAGGACGACCCCGGGAGCGAGGAGCAACAGGGUAGAAAUCUCGUCGACGCCGCUCUCGCGGCGGGCGUCGCGUGCUUCGUGUGGAGCACUCUCCCGAGCUCGCGCAAAAUUUCCGGCGGGCGGCUCGUCUCGAGGAUCUACGAGGGGAAGUGCCAGGUGGACGAGUACAUCCGGGAGACGGGCCUCCCGGCGACGUUCCUGUACACGGGCAACUUCUACGAAAACAUGGUGUACCGUGCGCACAUGCAGUACGACCCCGAGGCGGACGUGGUGGAGUUCCACCAGCCGGUGGUCAAGGAGGACACGAAGCUCGCGAUGCUGUAUGUGGAGAAGGACCUCGCGGGGGUGACGAAGGCGGUGCUGGACCAGUACGAGGCGCGGCCGGAGCUGCACCACGAGUACCUGUACGUGAGCAACGCCCGGGUGUCGCCGAGGGAGAUCGUCGCCGCAGUGACCAAGGUGACGGGCAAGCGCGCGGCGUACGUGACGCUGGCGACGACGGGGGUGCCGGACCGCGACAUCAUGUUCCGGCUGUACAAUGAGAUGGGCAUGUAUGGCGGGAAGGAGAUCCCGGACGAGAACGUCCUCGCGCUCGGCGUGGAAUUGCACUCUGUCGAGGACUUCAUUCGUGAGCGGCUCGCGCCGCACCUCGGGCUGCCUGUCGUCGGCUAG